CUUCUGAUUAAACAGACAUGGGUUUCUCUUACGAGGACUUAACCAUUACCGGGGAGAAAUAUUUGCCUACCCGAUGUUUCUACAAAAAGAAAUGUCCAAGAAGGCAAAUGUUACAUUCUUUUGCAUGGAUGUUACUUGCAGGUACUGGCCAUACCUUAACAAACUAGCAGAGGGGUUACCAGAGCUUCUGCCCUUGACGGACAUGAGGCCAUUUCUUAGCGUCAUGCACGCUAAAGCCCAUACAGCAAAAUGCGAGGUGAGAUGGGGUGGCAGAAGCCAGGACGGAGCAGGAAACACAGUGGGAGAGGAAGUGGAGCAGGAAGAGUCAACAUGCUAACCCAACAGGCCAUGGGUUGGAACCGAAGAAAGAGGGAUAACCUUCAUCAAGCGUUAGCCCACAGAUACAUCAAAAUCACAGAUAGGGCAGCGGUGGAAGCUGUCAACCUCAGGAGCAUCAAGGAGCAGCACAACCUGGAUCAGGGGACCACAGAGCAGUGGGUGUGUGAUGUCAGGCAGUGGGCGUUAACAGACAGAGUCUACACUCCAGGGUGCAUUGAAGACCUCAGGGCUGAAAUUGAAAACUUAACAGUAACCCUUUUGCGCAAGAAGCAAGACCUGUAUCGUCAGCAUGAUAGCAACCAGACAAGACAGAGAAAAAGAAAGACAAUGACACAGCUGAAGAUGAAGCUUCGUGAUCUGGUCUGGCAGUACAACGUCACCGUGGAAACAGAUCAGAUUGACGAGGAGUUGGCGUGCAGUCUGACAGAGGGCUACAUCCUGCCAUGGGAGACACAUGAAGAUGGCGCUACCUUCAGGUUGAAGAGGUUGGUCUUUGACCAGAUAAUGCUGCUGAAACGCAUGGAGGAGGAGCAGAGCAUCCUGGUGAAAGAGAUGUCCCAACACGUUAUGUACCUUCUAAAGGAAGUACAACAAGUGGAGGCACUCAAGGGACAGACUUUGGAGAGCAUCAAAACAAACAGUUUGUACUACAUCACACAUAUGUACGUUGUCUGUGUGAUGUAUCAUCUUUUUCAUUCUGUUUUUCCCCACAAUUCCUCAACAGAUUUUGGUGACCUGACAGAGGACGCUACACAUGGGCUCAACAGUGUUCUCAGUCGGAGGUGGCACUACCUAAAAAGCCAAAAGAAACAGGCUGUAAAUGCUUACAGUAGUAUAGCCUCGAAGGAACUUGUUUUCUUCCAUAUACAGGAGGACAUUGAGGAGUGGGAGGUCAACGGUUUCACUAGCCCCGAGUCAGAGGAAGAAGAAACGUAAAGGCCACUGCCUCUCUCCCUUUACGCUACUGUCCUCUCCAACUCGGCGUAAUCACUAUGUAUUGUAUUUCUUGUGUAUACCCCUGUGAAAAGUGUUGAAAAAGACAUCUUAUUUAAUUAGUUACUUGUUACUGUAUGUAAAAUCAAUCAAAAUACCUUUAGUGUAGGGUGGCCUUGACAUAAAAAAGCCUUUAUGUAAAUUUUCUGUACAUAGGAUA